UCCCAGGCCGGCUCCGAGCGAGAACCUGCCAUGUUCAGCUCCAGCGCCAAGAUCGUGAAGCCCAAUGGCGAGAAGCCGGACGAGUUCGAGUCGGGCAUCUCCCAGGCCCUCUUGGAGUUGGAGAUGAACUCUGACUUAAAGGCUCAAUUAAGAGAGCUGAACAUCACAGCAGCUAAGGAGAUCGAAGUCGGUGGCGGCAGGAAAGCCAUCAUCAUCUUCGUUCCGGUUCCUCAGCUGAAAUCCUUCCAGAAGAUCCAGGUCCGGCUGGUACGUGAGCUGGAGAAGAAAUUCAGCGGCAAACACGUGGUCUUCAUUGCUCAGAGGAGAAUCCUGCCGAAACCGACCAGGAAAAGCCGGACCAAGAACAAGCAGAAACGGCCGAGAAGCCGUACGCUGACCGCCGUGCACGACGCCAUCCUGGAAGACCUGGUAUUCCCGAGCGAAAUCGUGGGAAAGAGGAUCCGGGUGAAGCUGGACGGCAGCAGGCUCAUCAAGGUUCACUUGGACAAAGCACAACAGAACAACGUAGAACACAAGGUGGAAACGUUUUCUGGAGUGUACAAGAAGCUCACCGGCAAAGAUGUGAAUUUCGAGUUCCCGGAGUUCCAGCUGUAAAGGCCACAAUGACUAAAUAAAAAGUCUAUUGUUCAUA